GUAUAGACCUUCUCAAAAGUGAUCUAUAUAGGUAGUCCACAAAUAUAUCAAGUUCAACAUCAUUAAUUUUAAAAAGUUUGAUAUUUGAAGAUGGCUGAGGUUGACCAUGAGGAGACUUUUGAGGGUGCAGAUGCUGGUGCUUCCCAGACCUUUCCCAUGCAAUGCAGCGCACUUAGGAAAAAUGGUCAUGUUGUGCUGAAAGGGCGCCCAUGCAAAAUAGUUGAAAUGUCUACUUCAAAGACUGGAAAACAUGGUCAUGCCAAGGUUCAUCUUGUUGGAAUAGAUAUAUUUACUGGGAAAAAGUAUGAAGAUAUAUGCCCGUCAACACACAAUAUGUCUGUUCCUGUUGUCAAUCGUCAGGAUUAUCAACUUGUCAGCAUUGAGGAUGGUUAUCUCUCCCUGAUGGAUGAUAAUGGUGAAACACGAGAAGAUUUAAAAAUGCCUGACACAGAAUGUGGAAAAGAAAUUAAGGACAAAUAUGAUAAUGAUGAAUCAAUUAUGGUGACUGUUAUGAAAGCAAUGGGUGAAGAAAUGCCUGUAGGUGUCAAAUCUGCUAAAGACUGAUCCAUUAAUAUGAGGACAUUGAUUGACCUACACCAUUUACUUUAAAAAUCUCUUUUAAAAAUAUAUUUAACAAAAAAAUGGACAAUGCCAGCAAAGAAAUAAGUGGUGGCUGAUGUGUCAGUUUGAUUUCACUUUGCAUUUGGUACCAAGAAAAAGAAUUCAUAAGGUUUAAAGACCAUUCUGUACUGCUCAUUGAUAUCACUUUUGUGCUUUACAUUGAUUUUGGUUAAAUAUGGCAUUGUUUUGAAUUUUUUCCCUGCAUUUCUCAUUCAUCAAUCUGUAGACUGAAAAAAAAAAGGAAUUGUUAAUCAUUUGGGGAGGUUGGGUACAUAUUUUAAUUGUUAAUGUCAAUGCAUUCAACAUAUGUUCUUAUGAAAGUGUUAAUUUUUGUAGUGUUUCAAAAUUUCAUUGGCAAAAAAAGGCUACCUUUUUUUUUUUUUUUUUUUUUUUUUUUUGUUUCCUCUCCACAGUAGAACUAUGCAAACAAAUUUGUUUUAAAGGUUAAACAGUUGUACCAAUCUAAUUUAGUUUGAAGUUUAUUUAUUGUUCUGUUCUUGCAUGGUUAAGUGACCAUGCUGUGGAUGAACAAUACACAUUGAAUAUUGAUUAACCACAAAUUUUGUUAGGUUUUAAUUAGAAAGGAGACAAAAUUUGAUUUUCAAAGUCUGAAUCCUUCAGAAAAUCUGUGCUAUUGUAUUGUCGCCUUAAUGUUUUUAUUUGGUGUAUGAAAUACUUGUGUAACAGUGUUGCUGUAAUUGACAUUUGCAGUGUUGGUUGAUCAUGAUUGUGGUAUGAAAGGUGUAUACAAGAUGUCAAAAUAUGUAGGUCCAAUUCAUCUGUCCUAAUGAAUUCAAUAAAUUGGUGAAAAAUU